UCCCCUCCCAUGCCACAGGGGGCGGUGUCAAGUCGCCAAGGAGAAGGCGCUCCUACCCAGGGCAGCCUCUCGCAGGCCCAGUCCUCUUGAGCAUGCGCAUCAGCGACGAGAGAGACCCAAGUCAAGUGCGGGACUCUGCAAGAGAGAGACAAAGGGGUACUACAAUUGGCUGGGCAUUGUGAGGUCGUGAGGUUUCCCCGCAAAGCCUGGCCCAGGGCAAGGGACGCCUGAAGAAUCAGCCCUUCUCUGUGCGCGCGUCGCACCACUUUUGUCCUUUGGUGCUCGUAAGGAAGAUCCGGAGCGGACAGGGAGAGCCGCGGGCACUGCCAGCCGUCCUUGCUCAGGAUUCCUUCGUCUGCGUUUAAAGUUCACAGCUUUGGCACAGGGGAAAAAGGAGACUUGUGAUGGAGUUUGAGUUGUCAGAGUCUAGCUGUCUGCUGCCUUUGCAACCUGCAGCAACUUGCAAGCCUGUGUUUAAUGGGAAGAUGCCAACCCCAGAGACCUCUGCAUGGGCUGCAGCAUCUGCCGUCGAAGCGAUGGACACUGCAGUGCAUUCUCACAGUGCCCGACUGCAGCGUCUGGAGCAGAGGAUGUUGGCCGCUGACCAGAGAUGGCUAGGAUGUGAGAAAAUGGUGGUGGAGAUGGGGAGUGAGCUGGAGAGCAAGCUAGCCACGCUGGGGACCCUGAUUGAGGAGAACUGCCUACUCCAGAGGAGAUUGGACAACUUGGAGAACCUGCUGAAGAACCGCAACUUCUGGAUUUUGAGAUUUCCUCCUGGUGUUACAGGAGAAAUUCCCAAGGUGCCAUUAACUUUCAGCGACAUCUCCGUCUAUUUCAAUGAGCAGGAGUGGAGGAACCUGGAUGAGUGGCAGAGGGAGCUGUACAAGGUUGUCAUGAGGAGCAACUAUGAGAUGCUGGUCUCGCUGGACUAUGCCAUUUCCAAGCCCAAGAUCCUGUCCCAGAUUGAACAAGGUGAGGACCCGAGCACGGACGACCCUGGAGACUCGGAGGGGGAGGAGUUGCCUCUGGAUCCCAGCUGCAGGGGGUCCCCUGUGGCUGCGAUGGCUGCUUCUUCCUGGGAUAGCAGAGAGGCCGAGGAGGCGGCAAGGCUGUUUGGCGAUCCAGAGGAGGAGAACCACGAAAUGAACCUCGCAGAUGGCCUUUGUCUGGAACUUCAGGUUGUUGGAGAUGAGGUGGAACCCCAGAUUAAGGAGGAAAUGCACAUCAAGGAAGAGCCGCUGUCUCCCGGAAGUCCCAGCAGUGAGCCAUUGGUUCCUGCCUGGAUUAAACAGGAGGAGGAGGAAGAGGAUCAGCAGGGUUUGGUUUCAGCAGCUGGACAUAAAAUGGCACCCGGGGCCCCAGAGGAGGAAAAUGACCAGAAGCCCCUGGCCUCUUAUGAGAGGCCUGUUCUGCCAAAUGCGAUGGAGGACUCGGAGCAGAAGGAGGGUUACAUAGAAGGUAACGUUUUCCAGUGCAAUAUGUGCGCUACAGACUUCGGACAACAGACAACUACCACCGACCACCAGUACAGCCGGAAGCGGAAGUUCCAGUGCACGGAUUGCAACAGGAGCUUUGCCUUCCAGGGCCAGCUCUCCCAACACUUGCUGACGCAUGCGCCGGGGUCUCAGUUCCCCUGUACGAGAUGCAAGCUGUGCUUUUCCAGUCAAAAGUCCUUGGCUGUCCACGAGCGCGGUCACUCGGCGGAUUGGGCCCUGCAGUGUUCCAUGUGCAGCAACAAUGUCACGGGGGCCUUUGACCAGAACCAACAGUCUCCUGCGCCUGGCCGCCCCGCCCCGUGCCUGGAGUGCAGUGUCUACUUCACCGAUCCUGCAGCCCUCGCGGCGCAUCAGCGGAUGCACUCUGAGGACUGGCCCUUCCGAUGCCCUCAGUGCGACCGGACCUUUGUGCACCAGGGACUGCUUUUGGAACACCUGGAGAAUCACAGCAGGAUGCAGAGUCGUCGCUGCCAUACCUGCGGGUCGUGGCUCUCCUACAAGGGGACGCUGAUGCCGAGUGGGGCCCGGUUGUUCCACUGCAAGAGGUGCAAUACUGCUGGCCGCGUUCCAGAGGAUUUGCGGGCCUCAGGCUGUGGCCAAGACCCUUAAGGAGACAAACGAUCAUAGGCUACUUCCUUGGCUGCUGAGGACUCCAACUCCCCCUAUGGAAAGAUCAGAUAUGAAGCCCUCCCUCCUUGCAGACCCUUUGAGUGAGUCUGCGAGAAGGCAGUCAAGAAACCUCUCCUGGAAGAGAACAGAGAUGUUCUGUCUGGAGACCCAGUUGGGGUAGAGUGUCUCUCCCGAGACCCAAGAGUGAAGAAAUGUACUUCGGAAGGGUGAUGCUCCUAUUGCAAAGUGCCUGUAGGAGGGAAAGGGCUCUCUCCCUGGGGGGGCAAUCCAAGACGGGUCCAGCUAGGACUUUCGCCGUGUGACCAGGCUAUGGAGCAUUCAAGGUACCCACUCUGUCCACAUUAGCAGUUGGGUGAUGGAGGGUGCCUCAUUAACCUCUUAUCAGUAGUGCUGUCCUCUCAGCCACACUCUAGUGUACCCAGUGCACUUUCCCUUGCGAUGGGAUUGGCAUAGGUUUUUUACCCCCAGGCCUGAUUUGGUCUUGAGCAACUCUCCCUUUUGGAGCCACCCAGAGUAGGAGCUGUAACUUUUGGACAAAGCAUUGCCUGCAUCUCUCUGCCCAUCCUUGGGGUAGGGUGUGGGGCACAUGAAAUGAUCCAUGUAACGUGAUUGCAGGCAACAGGUGUGCAAGUGAGGCUGCAUCUCUGCUACAAACAUUUCAAGCUAUCCAGGCUUUCUCUCCAGAAGAUUGUAAGGAAUCCUCAGCCCUGUAAGGUUGCCAAGAGCCCCCACUUGGAUUCUUGGAGGGAGGAGGAGUGGUUGGGUUGAAGCAGGUUGACUGCCAGGCUUCAUAUUCUUCCUGUGUUCUAAUUAUGGGUCAUGCAACCUCUGGAAGAUUUCCUCAAGCUUUGCUAUGCGUAUACCUUUUGUAAAUAAGAACCUGACCCCCUUCCUUAGCCUACAUUGGUCACCCUUCCUCUCUUCUUGGAGUUGUGAUUCUGCUCCUUCUACACUCAUCAGCAGAUCUUGGAAGAGGAGAAAAGUCACCACCAGCUAAAAAGUUAUCCUGUGGGCACCUUCCUCUGUGCCAGAGGUAGCUGAUGUGGUACCCUCCAGAUGUUGGCUUACACGUCCCAGCAGCCACCUUGGCCAGUGGUCAAGAUUGAUGGGAGCUGCAGUCCAACAACAUUGGGUACCCCUGCUUAAUGGGGUCUUUGGCUGUGGGUCCAUUGCUUUAGCUACCCUUAAGUCUGCGUGUGCUGCUCCUUCUGUGUUUGAGAAACAGCAUUCUCGUGGCAAAUCAUACCCUUAAUGGGGCUGAAGCCAGGCUAGGUGAUUGGUGCAAUGAGAACUUGGUGGCUAGCCUCCCUUGGGCUGCUUAGUCAUUUUGUGGACAUCCGGACAUCUGCUUUGGCACUGAAAGGUGGCUUCUCUAAAAAAUUUUGAAUGGAGUUUGAAACGCUUUUACCUGUCCCCACAAUGGAAUUAUUUUGUACUUCAGGAAUCUCUGGUAACUUCCUUGCUGUGGAACGGAUAUAAGAGUUUGAACUGUGUUGGAAUUAUGCAAAUAAAAACAACCUAGUCAUGA